UGAAAAGGGGAGAGCACAACCCUAUAAAAGAGCGAGAUUUUCCUUAUCCCCCAAAGACGACGGAACGUUCGCCGCAGUUCUACUCCGACGUCAGCCUCUAAGUCAGAGUGAGCUCCUUAAUUUCUUAAUCUAGGGUUCCUUGGUAUAAAGGCGGUUGCUUUAGGAGGAGACCCACGAAGAUGAAUCUCACAAUUAACGGCGUUACAGAGACUUGGAUCAAAGGGACUACUUCCUCAGACCCAACACCUUCCAGUGUCAUUCCGAAGUUCUGGACCACGUGUCCAUUCUGUUCCGUGUGUUACAGAUUACACAGAAGCUCUGUCUGCAAACAGACCAGAUGUCGAUCUUGCAACAAGGAGUUCACCGCGCGUGAGAGACCUCUUCAAGGCCUUUCAUCUAAGGAUAGUUCCAUUAAAGGGGUGCUGAGUCAAAUCCUCCGUGAAACACAGCAGAGACACCCGGUUGCUCCUUCCAGUUCCGGUCCAAGCUUUUGGACAACGUGUCGGAACUGUGGGUGUAGACAUCGUUUUCUUAGAGUGUAUCUGGACAAAUGGUUCGUUUGUCCGAGUUGCAAGGAGGAAACCAUUGCAAUGGAAGUCCUUUCAAGUUCAGGUGAGGUUGUGUUCAACAAACAGUUCGAAGAUUUUAGAUCCCACUGUAAGAAAGAGGCAACAUCUGUCUCUGAAAAGCAAAGCUCUCCUGCUGUGAAGGUUGUUGGUGAGAAGAGAAAGAGGGAAGAGUUUGCUGCUGAUCUGAAGUUUAACGACUUUGAUAAGCUGAGGGAAGAAGCAAACUUUGCAGUUGGACAAGUUUGGGCUCUCUAUGACACAGCAGAUAAGGUUCCUAGACAGUAUGCUCUGAUCAGGAAAGUUUUUUCAGUUCCUUCUUUUGGGCUUAGGAUCACAUACCUAGAGCCAGAUCCUGAUGAUGAGAACGAGAUCCAAUGGUUUGAACAAGACUUGCCUGUUUCUGCUGGUAAGUUCAGACUUGGGAGUUCUGUGAACACAAAAGACCGUUCAUUAUUCUCACAUGUUACCCACUCCAACGAAGAAGGAAGCAACGACCCUGGUCAUUUCACUGUUUAUCCAAGGGAAGGAGAGACUUGGGCUCUAUUCAAGAACUGGGAUAUCAACUGGUCUUCAAAACCAGAUUCUCACCGCAAAUAUGAGUAUGAGUUUGUGCAGAUUUUGCAAGAUUAUUGCACUUAUGGAGUUGGUGUAUCUAUUGCAUUCUUGCAUAAAGCAAAAGGCUUUGCAAGCGUCUUCUUUCGUAUGGGAACUGGUGAUACCGACAAGUUUUGCAUGUUACCUCACUGUUUGUACCGAUUCUCCCAUAGGAUCCCUUCCUUCAAACUGACUGGAGUUGACGUCAAAGGUCUGCCAAAGUAUGCUUACGAGCUGGACCAAGCUGCGUUACCUGCAACAAUCGAAGAGGUGACCGUCCCUUCACAUCUAUUAGCAGACUAUGCACCUCCAAAGCCAGAGGCUCUCAGCUUUCCUAUAAAUGGAAAGGUUUUUCAAACUGGUCAGAUCUGGUCAUACGUCGGAUGUGAUGAUAACAACAUGCCUAGGGACUACUGUAGGAUCCAUAAGAUCAGUGUGACUCAAACAUUUGAGCAGGCUCCAGUUUACAAAAUAAUCUCCUUUCGGUUAAAGGCUAAGCCAUUGCCUGGGGAAGUCAUCCAGUGGUGGGAAAAGAAAAUGCCGGUUGGUUGUGGAACUUUCUUGGUGUCUAAAGUUCAUGUAGCACUCUCUCCAGAUAACUUUUCACAUCUGAUGGUAGUGCCUCAGACCUCCACGGAAGGGGAUGAAUAUACCAUUCUGCCCAAGAUUGGUCAAGUGUGGGCGAUACACAGAUUCUGGACUGGUUGCAUUGAUGAAACCUAUGAGGAACUUGUCAUUGUCGAAGUUCUUGAUGACGACGCCUUGGACUAUUAUAAGGUUUUAGCGUUGGAGCCUGCGCUGCAGUUUAAUGAAGAUGAAAGGAAGAAGAGAGUGUUUAGAGCAGCUGAGAGUAGGCCACGUGAUUUUGAUGAUGGGGAUGAGGCGAUGUUUACAAUCCCAAAGUCGAAAAUGCUGAGAUUCUCUCAUCAGAUUACUGCUACCCGGGUGAACGAGGAGAUAGAUGGAGAGUUGAAAGAACUUUUUGAACUCGAUUCUACAGCAGUACCUCCUGUACUGUGAGGGUUUCAAGAGCAUUGACUAGCAAGCGGGUGUCAGAGAAGGAUAAGUCCCUUUAUAUUAGCGUUUUGGUGGGUUCUGACUCACGGUUUGUUCUUGCUUUAAAGAUCUAAAACCCUUAACACUUUUAAGACUUUAUCCAUGGUUUAUGUAUAUUUUUCUUUUGUUGGUUCAAAAUCUAUGGAAGUUCAUGAAUCUUGUUGAGAUGGUGACUA